GAGCUGCAUGGGAUCUUCCCCUGGCUGGUGGAGACGGUGUUCGGCAGUCUGGACGGGAUCCUCGGGGGCUGGAACCUCAGGCUGCUGCAGGCCAGGAGCCACGAGUACAACAUCGCUCUGGAGUUCCUCAGCCCCUGUGGGCCCAUGAUGAAGCUGGUUUACAAACUUCAAGCAGAAGAGUACAAAUAUGAAAUACCCGUCAACUAUCUCCCGGUAAGACGAGCUUCAAUUAGUCAUACGUUCAACAUCCAUUGUCUGU